AGCGGAGCGGCCGCUGGCCACGGCGGAGCGAUGAUCCGCAGGGAAGACACUGAACGGGCAGUAGAAAUCCUGACCAGAUACCAAGGCACCCUGCAGUCCCCGGAGGAGCAGGAGCUAAAAGCCUCCAUUGGAAAAGUCUCACACAUCUUCCAAAGUGAACUGUUCCAGGCUCUGCUGGAUAUCCAUGAGUUCUAUGACUUCACACUGCGCUCCGCACCCCUGCAGCCUCCCAGCCCGGACACACACCAGGGCACCACCCGGCAGCAGCAUGGGACUGGCUCCAGCAUCCAGCCCGCAGAGCCCCAGCACUCACCCGAGGACAGCGAGCGGAGGCUCCCCGCGGCAGCCGGGGGCAGCGCGCCGGGGACGCCGCCGCGGCUGGUGAAGGUGACUGCGCGGAGGACGGCGGCUCCGGCCAGCGUGCGCAGCCUGGUGCUCGGCUCCCGCAGCGCCCUGCCCCAGGACAUCGUGUGAGAGGAAGGAAACAACAGCAGGGGCUGAAAUGCCAGCAACACCACAUAGAACCUAGCUCCAUGCUGUCUUCAUGCCAUGCAAGUAGCUUCAUCUCUGGGGAUUUCUUGAUGCUUUGCUGAAAUUAGCACCUGCAAAAAGAGCAGCUGCCAAAGCUGCAUUUGAAUCAGAUGGGCAGGCUCCUGAUAGGAAGAGGGGAGAGAAUGACAGAGCUCUUGGUUUCUGCGAAUUGCUUCCCUCCAUGAAGGCACCUGCCUGGAAAUGAGCUCACAACUCCUUUAGCCCUGUUCCGUGCCCACAUCACUGGGGUGAGAUGCCUGCAGCAGCUCUGUUCACUGUGCCUGCCCUGCCAGGGCUGGACACCCCAGUGCAAGUGCCAACAAUGUCUGGACUCUGGCACCGCCACUCCCAGUAGCCACAGCACCAGUACCCACUGAAAGAAACUGGAGAAGCACAGGGUGCAAAUGGCCCUGGCCUCCUCUGGAGCUCAGUAACAUGUCUUGAGUCCCACACAGUGUUAGGGAGCAUUGCAAGCAAGCAGCAGCAAACAGGGACUUUACUUCUUCCUUUUAGUUCUGGCAUAUACAGUUCACUAUAAAGCAGUAGCCAAGGUGGGCUCUUACUCUCAUGCAGGAGACACUGGCCACCUGCAUGUUUCUACAGGGCUUAUUGCUCUGCUUUGGUGCAGCAGUAGGAAUUACAUUACUCUGGUAGCAGCUAAAAUGGGCCAUGGGCGGUUUCAGGAGGGGAGCUGCAAGUGGAGAGGAAGGGCUCUGGUAGAGCUGCAGCCGCUGAGGCUCUAGGCCCCUCCAUCGGCUGGUGGUGAUGAGGCACUGGCAGAGAACUGGGGGAAGCAGCAGCAGGUUUGAGGUGAUGGAGCCAUCCCUGAGCCUGGGAGCUGGCAGGCAGAGUGGGGUGGAGGCAGUGGUGUGAUGCUGGCUGUCCAGGGCUGGCACCGAGGAUGGUUCCCAUGUGGGGAUGCCCAUUGCAUGUGCAGCCACCCCAUCGGCGGGGAUGGUGGAGAUGAGCAGAGAGAGGACCCCAGACCUUCCUUGUGGUGGAUGAGCUCCAGCCUCCCAUGUCAGGGGAGGGGGAUCAGAUGCU